UCUUCACCUGGCUAUCAACCCAUGGAGAUUCCCUUGAAGGCUUCACUUUUGAAAAUGAAUGCUCCAAUUGUCGAUUUAGUCAAGAAAAUAAAGAAACUUGGAAAAGAAGAUCCAAGAAGAAUCAUGCAUUCCUUCAAAGUGGCGUUAGCAAUCACAUUAGUCUCCAUGGUUUACUAUCUUAGACCAUUAUAUAAAGGCAUGGGUGAAGCAGGCAUCUGGGCUAUCUUGACUGUCGUCGUGGUGUUUGAAUAUACAGCCGGUGCAACCUUAUGUAAAGGUAUGAAUCGAGGCUUAGCAACUUUACUAGCUGGCGCACUAGGACUCGGGGCUGAAUACUUUGCUCGUAUAUUCGGACCAAAAGCCGAAUCCAUUGUUCUUGGAUGCCUUGUCUUUCUUCUAGUCGCAGCAGCCACCUUUUCAAGAUUUAUUCCUCAUAUAAAAAAGAGAUACGAUUAUGGGGUGCUGAUUUUUAUCCUCACGUUCAGUUUAGUAGCUGUGUCGGGUUAUCGCGUUGAGAAUAUAAUGGAGCUAGCACAUCAACGGUUAUCGACAAUCAUCUUAGGUGGUGCCACGUGUAUAAUUAUCUCCAUAUGUGUUUGCCCUGUAUGGGCUGGGGAAGAUCUUCAUGUUCUUAUUGUUUCCAAUAUGGAAAAGCUUGCAAGCUUCUUAGAAGGAUUUGGUGGAGAAAUAUUCCAACUUCCACUGGAGGUAGAGAGUGCUGAUGGAUCCAAUGAACCUGACAAAUCUUUUCUUGGAGCGUACAAAAGUGUUCUGAAUUCUAAAGCCAUGGAGGAAUCUCUGGCAAAUUUUGCAUGGUGGGAACCAGGACAUGGUAAAUUUCGGUUUAGUCAUCCAUGGAAACAGUAUUUGAAGAUUGGUGCUCUUAUGCGGCAGUGUGCAUACCAUUUUGAAUCUCUAAAUGGAUAUUUAGAUGCAAGAUUCCAAACAUCGUCUGAAUUUCGGAAAAGAGUUCAAGGACCAUGCACAACAAUGAGCUCUGAAGCAGGAAAAGCUUUGAAAGAAUUAGCACUAUCAAUAAAAGCAUUCUCAUAUCCUUCUAAUUCUGCUAUGAAUAUACAAAUCUGUAAGAAGGCAGUAGAUGAAGUCAAUUCCACGUUGCAAGCUUCAAUGGUGGGAGAAUGCGACAUUCUUGAAAUAAUACCAAUUAUUACCGUCAUUUCAAUACUAAAUGACAUUGUAAAAUGUGUCGAAACAAUCUUUGAGGCCAUUGAAGAACUUUCGGAACAAGCCAAUUUCAAAAAGUCACCACACGAACCAGAAAAACCACAGAUUCUUCAUGGUGGAGUUGUAGCACCUGUUGGUGAUAAGGAAGAUGAUAGUGGAUUUGUUACUGUAAUUAUACAUAAGAUAGCUCCUCAAUCAUUGGAAAUUCAGACCCUUCGGGGAUAAAACUAGGACCGAACAACUAAAGGAAUUAAUAUGCAUAGAUUAGAAAAAACUAACGUAGUAUAUGGAAGGUUAAUAAUAGCAGAUGAUGCCAGGCUAAUUCGAAUGUGAUGUUGGGUUGAUGCGUUGAUCGAUCUUGAGG